UUGUUGAGUCACAGUGUAAAGUGCAUUCGUGCUUCACGUUAACACCGGCGCUUGUCUAUUCUUGUUGUUCAUUAUGACCUUGGCUUAUCUCCACAACUCGACUACUUCGGUGAAGGCUUGACGUGUGUAACAUCGAGCUCGCUGUUUGUUGCAUACGAAUAUUCAAAAUCUGAAUAAAGGACCAUGGAGGCUUCAACGACGUCACUGCUGAUUGUCGCCAAUGUUGCAAUCCUCGCCAUCUUCAUCGGUGUCUCCGUCUAUCCUGUUGACGACAAAGACAUUCUUUCCCCAGAACUGAGGACGUUUUAUGACUAUAUCAUAGUUGGGGCAGGGUCCGCAGGGGCUGUUCUUGCGUCCCGUCUGUCCGAGAAUCGUGACGUGACCGUCCUGCUGAUCGAGGCUGGCGGUGAUGACCGGAACCAGAAGACGCUGGAUACUCCUAUAAUGCUAACCCUGAACCAGAUGGACAAAUUUGACUGGGCCUAUUUGACCGAACCUCAGCAACAUGCACACGCAGGGCUCAUAGAUAAGAGGGGAGCAUGGCCACGUGGUAGAGUCUUGGGAGGAAGCAGUAACCUGAAUUAUAUGCAGUAUGUCAGAGGUCAUCGCCAUGACUACGACAGCUGGGCAGCCAAUGGAUGUGAGGGGUGGAGUUACAAAGAUGUCCUCCCUUACUUCAAAAAAUCGGAAGACAUACAAAUUGACAGACUAAAAAAUUCAGAAUACCAUGGCCGGGGAGGUCCACUGACUGUGACGGAAGUGAACGCAAUACCCGUGGCCGACUACUUCGUCAGGGCGGGAACUGAACUCGGAUUCAAGGAAAUAGACUACAACGGAGAACAUCAGGAAGGAUUUAGUAGAUCUCAGACUUCAAUUGGGAAUGGGGAACGUAUGAGCACUUCCAAGGCGUUCCUGUGGCCUGUGAUAGACAGACCCAACCUGCACGUCCUGGCCAACAGUCACGCCACGAAGGUAAUGAUAAACAAGAAGACAGCAGUUGGUGUCGAGUAUGUCAAAGAUGGCCGCCUGUACAAGGUUCGUGCUUCAAGGGAGGUAAUCGUGUCAGCUGGUGCAAUUGGAUCGGCACAGCUGCUGUUGCUGUCAGGGAUCGGGCCAAAGAAACACUUGGAGGAGAUGAAGAUUCCAGUUCAAGCUAGCCUCCCAGUUGGCGAAAGCUUACAGGAUCACAUGAUCCUCGUCAUGGUGUCGAAAAUUCAGAAGCCUAUUGGCCUCACGGAAAGCAAAUUAGACUCAACCCUUGCUUCAAUCCAAUAUCGUGCAUUGAAAUCAGGUCUUUUCACAUCAAGCGGGGGUAUGGAAGCCAUGGCGUUUGUGAAGACGAAAUCCGACGAGCCAAGUCCAGACGUUCAGUUUCACUUUGUCUGUGCUUCGAUGGACAAAAGUCUGGCCCGUCUGUUUAACUUUGACCAAAAGAUCGUUGCUCAUUUCAACUGGACGUCGGCUGAAGAUGGUUUCACAAUCUUCCCAACUUUACUCCGUCCAAAGAGCAUGGGGACAAUCCGCCUGAGAAGCACCAACCCAUUCGAGCAUCCUAUCAUCGAGCCCAACUACCUGUCACAUCCCGAUGACGCCAAGACUUUAGUUAGAGGUGUUCGCAUCGUCCAGAAACUUCAUCAGACAAAGGCAUUCAAGGAAAUAGGAGCCCAGCUUGAAGACACACCCUUCCCGACAUGCAACACUAUGAAGUAUGACACUGAUGAAUACUGGGAGUGUUAUGUCCGGGCCCUGGCUACAACAGUCUACCAUCCGACCACCACUUGCAAGAUGGGGAAACCAAGCGACCCAACUACAGUGGUGGAUCCUCAACUGAGAGUGAAGGGCAUUGCUGGACUGCGAGUCGCGGACGCCUCCAUCAUGCCGGCCCUCGUGUCAGGGAACACAAACGCCCCGAGCAUCAUGAUUGGAGAAAAGGCGGCGGACAUCAUCAAAAGUAGCAAAUCGGCGAUGGUGGUUGCUAUAUAUGGGUCCAGUGUUUCAGUUGUAUCACUAUCCUGCUUCAGGGGCCUGUGCACACACAGCACGGCUCACAACGGUAGGACUACAGGCCGAGUGGGCCACAAUUCCCCAAGGUAUCCGGUGAGGGAUCCGGUGCCAGAUACCACGGAUCGGCAAGGAUGCGUUUUGGUUGGGGCAGGGUCCGCAGGGGCUGUUCUUGCGUCCCGUCUGUCCGAGAAUGGUGACGUGACCGUCCUGCUGAUCGAGGCUGGUGGUGAUGACCGGAACCAGAAGACGCUGGAUACUCCUCUGAUGGUAGCCUUAAACCAGAUGGACAAAUUUGACUGGGCCUAUUUGACCGAACCUCAGCAACAUGCACAUUCAGGACUAAUAGAAAAGAGGGGAGCAUGGCCACGUGGUAGAGUCUUGGGAGGAAGCAGCCAGUUAAACUAUAUGCAGUAUGUCAGAGGACAUCGCCAUGACUACGACAGCUGGGCAGCCAGUGGCAGUGAGGGGUGGAGUUACGAAGAUGUUCUCCCGUACUUUAAAAAAUCGGAAGACAUACAAAUUGAUAGAUUAAAAAAUUCAGAAUACCAUGGCCGGGGAGGUCCACUGACUGUGACGGAAAUGAACGCAAUACCCGUCGCUGACUACUUCGUCAAGGCGGGAAUGGAACUCGGGUUCAAAGAAAUAGACUACAACGGAGAACACCAGGAAGGAUUUAGUAGAUCGCAGGUUUCGAUUGGGAACGGGGAACGUAUGAGCACAUCCAAGGCGUUCCUGUGGCCAGUGAUAGACAGACCAAACCUGCACGUCCUGGCCAACAGUCACGUCACGAAGGUAACGAUAAACAAGAAGACGGCGGUUGGUGUCGAGUAUGUCAAAGAUGGCCGUCUGUACAGAGUUCGUGCUUCAAGGGAGGUAAUCUUGUCAGCUGGUGCAAUUGGAUCGACACAGCUGCUGUUGCUGUCAGGGAUCGGGCCAAAGAAACACCUGGAGGAGAUGAAGAUUCCAGUUCAAGCUAGCCUCCCAGUUGGUGAAAGCUUACAGGAUCACAUGUUCCUCACCAUGGUGUCGAAAAUUCAGAAGCCUAUUUCCCUCACGAAACAGAAAUUAGAGUCAACACUUACUUUAAUCAAAUAUCGUGCAUUGAAAUCAGGUCUUUUAACAUCAAGCGGCGGUCUGGAAGCCAUGGCGUUUGUGAAGACGAAAUCCGAGGAACCAAGUCCAGACGUUCAGUUUCACUUUAUCUGUGCUUCAAUGGACAAAAGUCUGGCCCGUCUGUUUAACAUUGACCAAAAGAUAGUUGCUCAUUUCAACUGGACGUCUGUUGAAGAAGGUUUCACAACAUUGCCAACUUUACUCCGUCCAAAGAGCAUGGGGACAAUCCGCCUGAGAAGCACCAACCCAUUUGAGCCUCCUAUCAUCGAGCCCAACUACCUGUCUCAUCCCGAUGACGCCAAGACUUUAGUUAGAGGUGUUCGCAUUGUCCAGAAACUUCAUCAGACAAAGGCAUUCAAGGAAAUAGGAGCCCAGCUUGAAGACACACCCUUCCCGACAUGCACCACUAUGAAGUAUGACACUGAUGAAUACUGGGAGUGUUACGUCCGGGCACUGGCUACAACAGUCUACCAUCCGACCACCACGUGCAAGAUGGGGAAACCAAGCGACCCAACUACAGUGGUGGAUCCUCAACUGAGAGUGAAGGGUAUUGCUGGACUGCGAGUCGCGGACGCCUCCAUCAUGCCGUCCCUCGUGUCAGGGAACACAAACGCCCCGAGCAUCAUGAUUGGAGAAAAGGCGGCGGACAUCAUCAAAAGUAGCAAAUAAGGAUAAUCUUGCUUCCACAUUUUAGAUAGAUCAUCUAUCUCUCUCUUUCUCUCUUAUUAUUGCAUAUCUAUCUAUUAUAACAUAAAAUAUUCUUAUAAAACGCUUUAGUUAUCGUUAACAUCACAUAAUGUUCUUCGAUGAUUGUUUUCAAUCUGGAGUAAAAAUU